AUACAUAGUUGUAUGUUUCAACCGAGCACAUAAAGAAGUAGGACCGUUUUGCGCAGACGGCAAUUCACUAAAACAGACCGGCCCCAAUUACGCGACGUACAAGUUUACCAGAAGCAGAGCUUCAAUACGUAAAUUGCGGAAAUCGACCGUAUAAGGUUCAUUGAUUACAGAGAGGGAAAACGGGGCGUUUACUACUUUGUUGAUUUGUGAUAAAAAACAAACAAAAAUAACGAAACUGCAGUUAAACAACGUUAUUGUGCAAUAUAUAUACUGUAUUGAAUUCAAUUAGAAACGCAAACAAACAGGCUGGUGAUCUGAAAAUGGCUCUACGGAGGAUCACUCAAGAAACAUUUGAUGCUGCAGUGAGGGAAAACAUCGACGAGUUUGAAAUGGAUCCCGACGAAGCUUUGAGGGAUGCUAUUGAGCAGUUUCAGUCUCAAGGUGUGGACCUCAGUUGCAUUGUAAAAGCUGUACCUGCUGUUCCAUCAGAUGACAACCAACAGGAGCAAACGCAUGAGGUCUUACAGGCCCUCGAGUCCCUCCGCACUGCACAAGACUCGCCUGACAGCACGAAAGUGGCAUUAGAUAUAAAGUGUUUCAGUGAGCAAUGUUCACUUGGGUUCGCUCAAAGGUACCUGGCAGCCCAGAAAGGCGCAUAUCCCAUCAUCCUCUCCUACUGCCAAAAGAGCGUGGGAGAUCAGGUAGCCACGUUGGCUUCUCUGUCCGCCUUAGCCGCGUUGACUGAUGGACAGCCAGACUUGUUCGAUGCAGAUGGCAAGAACUUCCUUUUGGAUGUUCUCAAGAGGUACCAUGCUGAUUCUUCAUUGACACGAGCUGCCAUCCUCGCUGUGCGUCAUUCUUGUUUGAAACAUGAGCAGAACAGACAGGAUUUGGUCAAAGCGGGCGUCCUGCCUUUACUGACAAAUGCCAUUAAACAGCACAGUGGAUGUGCCGAGGUGGUCAAGGAAGCCUCUGGAGCGCUCAGAAUCAUGACCUUUGACGAUGAUAUCCGUGUUACGUUUGGGCAGGCUCAUGAGCACGCCAAGAUGAUUGUUCUUCAGCACAACGGCCUGAAAGUCUUAAUUGAGUCUGCAAAAGCUCACAAUGACAAUGUGUCUGUUUUGAGUGAGCUGUGUGCCACCUUGUCCCGUUUGGCCGUAAGGAACGAGUUCUGCCAAGACAUUUGUGACCUGGGUGGACUGAAGCUCAUUAUGACCCUGCUCGCAGACAGCUAUGAGUCAGCGGAGUUGGUGCGACAGGUCCUGAGUGCAAUACGAGCCGUCGCGGGAAAUGAUGAUGUGAAAGAUGCUGUGGUUAAAGCGGGUGGGGUCCAGCUUAUUGUCAUUGCCAUGAACAGACACGUGGCAACCUCUGCUGUGUGUGAGCAGGGCUGCGCAUGCCUUUCCGUCCUGGCUUUACGCAAGCCCAACAACUGCAAGGUCAUCAUGGAGGAAGGAGGAGCCUUAGCUGCCGUGCAGGCUAUGAGGUCACAUCCCAGUGUUGUUCAGGUGCAGAAACAGGCAUGCAUGCUGCUGAGAAACCUGGUUUCACACCAGCCCAACUACAGCCAACCAAUUUUGGACAUGGGUGUGGAGGCCCUCAUAUUGCAAGCGCUACAGACCCAUCAAGACUGCGGCGACACUGCUAAGGCUGCCCUCAGGGAUCUGGGCUGCCAUGUGGAGCUAAGGGAGCUGUGGACCGGCAAACGUGGCGGCAUCACUAACUGAAACAGGAGGAGAGCGGCCAAGAAAUGGGAUAUGAUAUUAUAGUAAAUGUUCCUGAAAUGAUUUCAGCAAAACAAACUACGAUCUGAGGAAAUGUGGCAAUCGGCAUAAUGUUUGAGUGGGGAAAAGACCGUUGACUAAAUCUGCAAGGAAAGUUCCUUUUCAGUUUCCUCUAUUGUGUUCAUAUUUGAUUUUUUUUUAAUGAAGUUGGCUUACUUGAAGCUCCAAGUUGCCAAUUGUCAAUUCAUGUGAAAAUACGCAUCAUGUUCACCGUCUUGGAAUAUGGUUUUUAUUUGACCGUUGUGUAAUCACGGUGAAGCCUUUGUCUAUCAAUGCCAUUUUAUACAUGUCUCUUAUUCCUUUUUGAUCUAUUGUUUGCACAUAAUGUAUCUAUAACACACUGGUGCAUCACAGAUGAAUAUGCAUAGUUUUUAAAAAGUCCUCUCCCCUUGAGAAACAUCUCAUGGCACACCACCAAAAUAAAAUGCCACAGAAGAUA